GUCAACGACUACGUAUAACUCACGAACGCCGAACUGUCCCGCACUGCACAAUAGCAGUCAUGGCUUCGAAGCUCGAAAACAACAGACGCACUGACUGGGCCGAAGAUGAAGACGAAGAAGAUCCUGUCGCCCUCCCACCUCAGCAAAUCAUCAAAAACAAAGACGGUACUGAAACAAUAAUAACCUGGUCUAUCCGCGACGAUGGCAAACGUGUGAAGACAACACGUCGCAUCCGCAAGACGGUGGUAAAGCAAGUCGUUAACCCACGCGUCGCCGAGCACAAGCAAUGGCCUAAGUUUGGCGCAGAGAAGGGUAAGCCCAUCGGCCCACAAACGGACACCACCAGUGUCGCAGAGAACAUUGCUUUCCGCCCAACUGCGAACUGGAAAGCUGGUACCGAGGACAAAGGCGAGCAAGAAAAGAAGAAGGCCAACCUGAAGGAUGCGAAGAUCAAGUGUCGUAUUUGUUCCGGGGACCAUUGGACGACGAAGUGUCCGUUCAAGGACACGAUGGCACCAGAGGGUGACCCAACCCCGGCUGAGACCAUCGAUGAUGUGCCGGAAUCAGGAUCUCUCGGCCAAGGCGGUUCAAGUUACGUGCCACCACACUUGAGAGGACGGACGGGUGGUGCGCCGACAGGGGAGAAGAUGGGCGGAAAGUACGAGAGAGACGAUCUCGCAACACUGCGUGUUACCAACGUAUCAGAGUUCGCCGAAGAGCAAGAUCUUCGCGACAUGUUCUCCCGUUUCGGCCAUGUCACCCGUGUGUUCCUUGCCAAAGAUCGUGACACAGGCCGCGCUAAGGGUUUCGCCUUUGUUUCCUUUGCAGAUCGAACCGAUGCUGCUAAAGCAUGUGAGAAGAUGGAUGGUUUUGGUUAUGGACAUCUUAUUCUGCGCGUUGAAUUCGCUAAAAAAGCGACCUGAGGAGCGAAGAUGCGUGUUUGAAAGCAAGACAGGGGGUUAUUGCUUUUUACGCAUUGGCGGGCGUUUCAAUGAUCACAAUAUCGUGCGUAAUCCACGAGUAGAACGAAUCACGAGCACGCAGUUGUCAUGCUACUCCAUUCUUCAAGUGCCCAAUACGAAGUAAAUCGUGUCCUUGUCUUAUCGCUGUAAAAUACCUAGUAAUUUGCUCUAUCACCUCACAAGUGCAAGAGCGACCUAAUACUAAGACAUGGGACUGGGCCCGGGGCGCAUAAAGCGAUUGACAAACAUCAACAAGUCCGACACCUAAACUCUUUCAGCAGAGAUCAUACGAUAAGAGCAAGCUUACACGGACGAGAAGAUUCGAGUACGAAGCUUACGUUGCUAGGCAAAGAUCGGCCCCCAAAAGCUUGAACGUUCAAACUUUAGAUAAUAAUUAUAUAG